UUAACAGCUAACAAGCGUUAGCAACACAGUUGGCUAUCCUCAAAAGGAUUUCGCCGCGGGAAACGAGUAUAUGAUACAAAAAUAAAAUUGUAAUGCAGAAUCACUGCGCUGUUCCGAACUGUGCUAGUGGCAAAUCCGGCCCGCAGCCACUCUUCAGGUUUCCGCAAGAUCCAGAAAGGUCCAAGAAGUGGGUUGAAAAAUGCCAGAGGCCAGAACUCAUAGACAAAUCACCAGACCAGUUGUACAGAUACUACCGAGUGUGUGGAAAACAUUUUGAAACAGCAUCGGUUGAUAGUGACGCUCAGAGUACAGUACUGAAGGAUGAUGCAGUGCCAACUGUCUUCGAUGUAACAGGCCAACCUCAAAACGGGCAAGUGAAGCGCAGCAAAGAGACGACCAAAGAGAAUGAAACGAGCAGUAAGGGGAGAAAAAAAAUCAAAAAGACAGCUAAAGAAGAUGUCAAGACACUCCCCCAGGAGGAGGAAGACAAAGAGUAUCUUAAGUCAUUAUUUGAAGUUGUUGUACUGCUGGGAGAGCAAAACAUUCCUCUGACAGGGCCUGGUGAUAAUAAACAGGAUAGCCUUGUGUCGAGCAACUUUCAGUCUCUGUUAGAAUAUCGCAUGAAUUGUGGAGAUGAAGCCCUUAAGAAGAGGUACGACAUGAAUCAGGUGUGCUGCUCAUCAGCUCAGCUGAAUCAGUUGAUCGAGGUGUGCGAGAGAUACAUCCGCAGUAAGCUGUUGGAGGAAGUUAAACAAAAUGGCUGUUUCUCAUUACUUACUGAUGAUUUGGUAAAGAUCUCAGGAGAAUGGUACCUCCCCGUGUUUCUCCGUUAUGUGGACCAGUCUAACUACCAGCAGGAGAGGUUUGUUGGAUUCUUAUCCUUUGAAGGAGAUGGAGCAGACUUUGCAGAGAAAAUGCUGUCUGAAAUGACUGAAAAAUGGGGCUUGGAUAUGGAACAGUGUAGAGGUCAAGCCCACUCCUGCUCUGGGACACAUUUUAGUAAAAUGAAAACAUUUGCUGCCAAACUGAUGGAGAGGUACCCGAUGGCAGUGCUGAUGCUAAGAUCUACUCAUGCAUUGAACCUCUCACUGGCAAAUGGUAUGGCGUUGUCAGGGGUUCAGCUUGUUUUGUCUACCUUUAAGAAGAUUGAGUCAUUCUUCAGUCAGUCCCCUUUGCUGCAGUUGGAGUUGGAGCACGCCAUUUCGAUUUUCUAUGCGGACAGAGAGGAGAAGGCCAAGGAACUGAAGGAGAUUUGUGGAACCAGCUGGACCAGACGGCAAGAUGCGUUUGAGGUGGCAGUGGAAAUCCUAGAGGCGUUGCUGCUGUGUGUGGACAGUGUUCAUGACAACGAGGACAUGAGGUGGAACGACCAAGUCACACACACUGCCUUAGAGAUUUCAAAAGCACUGGCUGAUUUUGAGUUUGUCAUGGCGCUGGUGGUGCUGAAAAACGCUCUGACACUUACACAAGCAUUUGGGAAGAACCUGCAAGGGACGGGAGCAGAUGCCCACUUUGCUGCAGCCAGUUCAAAAGCUGUGUUGCACUCUCUGAAGGAGGUGUCUGACAACAUCGAUGUGUAUCAUGAGUUCUGGAACGAUGAGGCCGUUAAUCUAGCUGCUGCGAUGGAGAUCCCAGUAAAGAUUCCUCGGUCAUUCUUGAGAAAGUACCAGUCAGAAUGUCGAGCCAUUCGGCCAGAAAUUCACUACAAGGAUCACCUGUCUGUUCCAGUGGUGCAGCACAUAAUCAAUGAAGUGAAUGAACUCUUCUGUGAGGACCACCUGAAGGCUCUGAGAUGUCUGUCGCUGCUCCCUGCCGUCAUAGAGCCGCAUAAGUCAACAGAACCUGAGGAAGAGAGCGUACAAGUGUUUAAAAAUGACAUCCCCAAUGCAGGAACCCUCUCCGCUGAGCUGCACUGUUGGUGGGUUAAAUGGAGCAAAAGAGGCAAAGGGGAGAGUCUGCCCUCCAGUCUCCACGAAACACUGCAGCUGGCUGACGUGAAGUUCUUCCCAAACAUGCUCGCAGUUCUUAGACGGAUCGGCAUCCUGCCUACCUUGGCUCUGGAAGACAGCUGUGAUGUGGCGUACAAGCGCUUCCAGAUGUACAUGGAGAACACACCUGACAAAUUCAAAUCAAAAAGUCUCGCUCUUUUGAACAUGAACGCUGAUGUUGGGUAUGACCUGGAUUCAAUGGUUGAGCUCUACAUGAAGACAUACCCUGACAGGGAGGAUGUGUCUUAAGUCGGUUGUAAUGUGGUAGUUAAGCCUGCAGACAGAUUAUCCACAGCUUUGAUAAAGGGUAAGUACCGGUAUGGUAUUUUUCAGCUUGGACCCUAUUUUCCCAUGUUUUUGUGUUGAAGUGAGUAAUGGCAUCAACAAUUUUUAAAAUCAGUCUAGUGUAACUUGAGACAGCUGCAGACAUCAACAGUGAAACAGGCUGCAGUGUAACCACUCCGGGCAGGUUCGCAUCGUCAGUUUAAGUUCAAUAAAAGUGCUUGUAUUUGCCACUGACGGGCUCUGAUUGUUAUUACAAGUGUCUGACAAUUUAUGGGAAAAAAAUCCAUCCAGCUCCUUUGUGCCGAAAGGGGUCAGUUGAGGUGGUUCGGGCAUCUGAUCAGGGUGCCUCCUGGGCGUUUCAGGCAUAUCCCACUGGUAGGAGGUCCUGGGGCAGACCCAGAACACGCUGGAGGAAUUACAUAUCUCAUCUGGCCUGGGAACACCUUGAGGUCCCCCCCAGAGGAGCUGGAAAGCGUUGCUGGGAAGAGGGAUGUCUGGGGCGCUUUGCUCGACAUGCUGCCCCCACGACCCGGCUCUGGAUAAGCGAAUGAAAAUGGAAGGAUGGAUUGAAGAUUCGAACUAGGGGUGUAAGUGAUCACAAUACAAUACUAUAUUGAUUCUUUAAACAACAAUAUGGUAUAUGCCGAUAUCCCAAGGUCUGCCACAAUAUGAUUUCAAUUCAGGGGUUGCGAUCAAUAUGAGGUGAUAUCAGUAAAUAUCCUCAUUGUCUUUUUCUUGGCUGCUUACCAUUCUCUGCAUGGUGCUAGGCCACUAGCACUGUGAAAUGUUUAAGAACAAGGUGUCCAUGGAUGGAAAUGGUGACAGAAGUACCAUGGGAAUUUCAAAAUAAAGGUGUAUCUUAAAGAUGAUGAUAUGAAUCGAUGUUUUCAUUAUGUAUUGAUCAUUAAUCAUCGUUGCACUACUAGUGGGAACAUGCCCUGAGUGGUUACGUAGCAGCCUGUUUCAUCACUGCCAGUUGCAGAGCUCUUGCUCAGUACUGGAUCAAAAAAUUGUUGCUCCCAUUAGCCACCCAGACUCAGAAACACAGGAAAACAUGGUCCACAUUGAAAAAUACCAAACUUACCCUUUAAUGAAUCAGACAUCUUUUGUUGUUGGCCUUUUGUUGUUACUUUCUAUCCAUCAUGCUGAAGUACCAUCUUUUAUAGCCUGUUUAUGUUUUUGUGAUAAAAUGUAGAUAAAUGUAAAUAGAAAAUACUGGCCUGCAGUGUCAUCAAGUCAGUGAUAAACACCAGACAUGUUUCAAUUUCGUUUUUGCUGUACUUGUUCUCCAUGCUGUUGUCAUAUUAUAUUUUGGGAGCCAGUAUUGGCCACUCUGUUACCACCUGUAAACUGCUUGAAUGUGAGUCUUGAUUCCUUAUAUCCAAUGAUGAUGAUGUCCAUUCCUCGAGUCCUUUGUUGGAAUAAGUUGCAAAUUGUUCAUGUUUGAAGAGUGGGAGUUAAUACUCAUGUAAGCCUUGUUGAAGUGUUUUUGCUGUGUCACCCACUGAUCUGCUGGCGCGUAACAAGUGGAUAAAGAGGAUCAGCCGGAAAUUCUUCUAAUGGGUUUAAUAGCCAUUUAUGGUCAUUCUUAAUUUUUUCUUUUUUCUUCAUGUUUUCCAAGUCUGUUAGAAACAAAUCUUAAAAUAGCAACACAGAAACUGAACCAGAAUAGUAGUGAGGUAAUUUAGAUUAUUACAUUUUUGUCUUCUGUCCAAACUAAGACAGAUUUUUUCUUUCAAGACAUAUUCAGAAUUGGGACUGGUGCAAGGUGGUAAUGACAGCCAAUAAGUACAACCUGGUUUGUGCCUAAAAUGUGUAGGAAUGUGUCCUGACUAUUAAUCAAGUUUAGACUUCAUAGUGAGUUGUUGUGUUAAGGACAAAGUAGCAUGAGGUUCAGCGUCCUGUGAAUAAGGCCACAAUUCUAUCCAUCUUGCACUUUGGCUAGUGUGUCUGAGAAUGGAGUGGAUGCUUGUGGCCAAACAGCUGAGUCACUGUCUGCUCUGAGACUCAUAUUUCCACUUUUAGUGUUUGGUGUUAAUGAAAUCUGAAAUGAUUGAAAACUAAAACUAUUUAGACUACAGACACGAUUUGCUACAGAGGACAAAAAGGUAAAAAAGAGAUGCUUUUUUGAUUAAAAAAUGCCAAAUAAAUUCCUUUAACUGUCAUAAUCUAUUGUUUUUCAUACAUUUAAUGACACGUGUCGAAAGGGACAUCAUUACAACCUUUCAUCGGCAGCUAUAAAAAAUGUAUGAAUGACAAAAUAUGCGUAGAUUGCUCAGGUUUUAGAAAAGUAUGUUUUUAUGACUUGGAUGCAUUUGUUUUCUUGUGUAUAAUAAAGCUAUAAAAUGA